CGGGAAGUUGAGGAGUCCGAUGCUCAGAAUAGAUGUAAUCCGCUGCUGCGGUGCUGGAGUAGGGCGUCUAGUUUGAUCAGCGAUUGAGCGUCUGCAGCGGUCCGUAAUUUCUGGCCCUAUUGUGUUAAAUUGCCUCUGGUGAAUUGUGCCCUUUAGAACUUCUUUGAUAUGAGCUUGGGUAAAGAGAUAUCUGCCCCUUCUGAAGAACAGCAGAAAAUGACCACAUCUCAGGGAUUUGUGUCAUUCAAGGAUGUGACUGUGGACUUCACUUGGGAGGAGUGGCAGCAGCUGGACUCUGCACAAAGAAACCUAUACAGGGAUGUGAUGCUGGAGAAUUAUAGCAACCUUGUUUCAGUGGGUUAUCAGUCUCUGAAGUCAGACGUAAUCUUCUUGUUAAAGCAAGCAAAACCGUGGAUGGAGGAGGAAAGAAUCUCAAGUUGGGCCUAUGCAGACUUUGAAAUUAGACCCGAAAUUAAAGAAUUAACUUCAAAAAAGAGCAUUUCUGAAGAAGUGAUACUCCAUAACAUGAUAGUAUACUCAAUUUUUGAAGACUGGAAACUUGAAGAUGAGCUAAAUCACCAGGAAAACCAAGACAAGCUUUUGAACCAAGUUGCAUUCGAUAAUAGUAAGUUGCUGACUGAGGAGAUAGACCAUGAGUGUAAUGCACUGGGGAAGGUAGUUCCUCUGAACAGAACAUCUAGUGAACACAUGAGAACCUUUAUGCAGAAGUCACACCUCUUUGUACAACCAAAAAUUACCAGCAAGAAACCAUAUAAAUGUAUGCAGUGUGGGAAAGCCUUCAGUGGAAAGUCAGGACUCAUUGUACAUCAAAGAAUUCAUACUGGGGAGAAACCAUACAAAUGUAAUGAAUGUGAAAAAGCCUUUAUUCAGAAGUCACAACUCACUGUACAUCAGAGAACUCAUACAGGAGAGAAACCCUAUGAAUGUAAUGAAUGUGGGAAAGCAUUCAUUCAGAAGUCAAACUUCAUUAUUCAUCAGAGGAUUCACACGGGGGAAAAACCCUAUGAAUGCAAUGAAUGCGGGAAAUCUUUCAUUAAGAAGUCAACACUUAGUGUGCAUCAAAGAGCUCAUUCUGGAGAGAAACCAUAUGAAUGCAAUGAGUGUGGAAAAGGCUUCAUCUGGCGUUCUCAGCUCAUUGUACAUCAGAGAAUUCAUACUGGGGAGAAACCCCAUGUAUGUAAUGAGUGUGGAAAAGCCUUCAACAGGAAGGCAGAGCUAAUUGUACAUCAGAGAAUACAUUCCGGAGAAAAACCCUAUAAAUGCAGUGAUUGUAGAAAAGCCUUCAGCAAGAAAUCUACUCUCAUUGUUCAUCAGAGAAUUCAUAUUGAAUAGAAAUUCUUUUAAUGGAAUGAGAAAACCUUAAUUCAGUGAUCAGAACUUAAUGUGUAUCAUAGAAUUCAUACUGGCUAGAAAUGUUAUGAAUGUAGUAAAUGUGGGACCUUUAACAAUAGUUCCAGAACUAGUAAGCACCAGAAUAUUCAUACUGAGAAGCAACUACACAAACUUAAUGAAUUUGAAAAAUCAUGUUUCAAAAAUUUAUUUGUGAUGGAAUCUGAGAAACUUUCUAUGAAAGAGAAAUCUUAUCAGUGUACUGAAUGUGGGAAAGUCUACACUUGUAUUGUAUCCCUUACCCAGCAUCAGAAAACACAUAUUGGAGAAAAACCUUACAAAUGUAAAAUAUGUGGUAAGUCCUUCAGCCGGAACACUAAUCUUAUUCAACAUCAAAGAGUACAUACUGGAGAGAAACCUUAUGAAUGUAGUGAAUGUGGUAAAGCUUUUAGUCAGAGCACUAAUCUCAUUCAACAUCAGAGAGUCCAUACAGGGGAGAAACCUUAUGAGUGUAAUGAAUGUGAAAAAGCCUUUAGUCAUAGGUCAUCCCUUAGAAAUCAUGAGAGAAUUCAUACUGGAGAAAAACCCUAUCCUUGUAAUGAAUGUGGAAAAGCUUUCAGCCAUAUUUCAGCCCUUACUCAACAUCAUAGAAUUCAUACCAGAAAGAAACCAUAUGAAUGUACUGAAUGUGGGAAGACCUUCAGCCGCAGCACACAUCUUAUUGAACAUCAAGGAGUUCAUUCUGGAGAGAAAUCCUACCAGUGUAAAGAAUGUUGGAAAAUUUUUUGCCACAGCACAUCACUAAUCCGGCAUCAAAGAACUCACACCGGAGAGAAACCUUAUGAAUGUAAUGAAUGUGGGAAAGCGUUCAGCCAUACCCCAGCCUUUAUUCAACAUCAGAGAAUUCAUACUGGAGAGAAACCCUAUGAGUGUAAUGAAUGUGGAAAGGCCUUCAAUCGGAGUGCACACCUUACUGAACACCAGAGAAUUCAUACUGGGGAGAAACCCUAUGUUUGUAAAGAAUGUGGAAAAACCUUCAGCCGAAGUACACAUCUUACUGAACACUUAAAAAUUCAUAGUGGUGAGAAACCCUAUCGAUGUAAUGAAUGUCAGAAACUAUUUUGCUAUAGAGCAUCACUAAUACGACAUCAGAGGACUCAUACCGGAGAGAAACCCUACCAAUGUAAUGAAUGUGGGAAAUCUUUCAGCUUAAGCUCAGCCCUUACUAAACAUAAGCAAACACAUAAGGGAAAGAAACCAUAUCAGUAUAAUAAAUGUGGAGAUGUUUUUUGUCAUAAUACAUCUUUAAUUAGACAUCAGAGAACUCAUUUCAGAAAUGAAAUCCUAACAGAGUAAUGAGUGUGGUAAAGCCUGCAGCCAUAGGUUAUCACUUA